CGCCAGUAAAUCCAAGAAGAAGAAGAGGAAGUAAAGGAAGGCGAAAAAUGGCAGAAAAAGGCGGCGGACUGGUUCGGACGGUGCUGCAGCAGUGUUUGCACGCCAGACUGCAGGUUCAAGAAGCGGAUGAACAGCUGGAGGCUCAACACGUGCAGAUCAACAGGGGAAUGGUGAUCUACAUCUGCUUCUUCAAGGGAGCCACAGAUGACAUCCUACCUAAGAUGGUGUCCACGCUGCUGAACCUGCGGUUGUGUGAGCUGCCUUCUGGAAAGAGGGUUUCAUUGUUGGAGCUUCCUGGUAGCCUGCUGAUCGUCCCUCAGGCCACGCUGGGUGGAAAAGCCAAAGGGAAAGGCAUGCAGUACCACAAUAACAUCAACAAAGAGGAUGGACUGAAGCUUUACAGCUCCUUCAUCUCGCUGUGUGAGAAAGAACUGAUGGCUGCUGCUGGAGAGACGGGGAGGGAAUCAGAGGUCACUGUGAGACAUGGAACAUAUGGACAGAGACAGGUGCUUCAGCUGGACACUGAUGGACCAUACACACAUCUCAUGGACUUUUGACAUGUUCUGUUUUACAAGGUUGACGGAGAUGGUGUUAGUCUGUGAGGUUCAUGGAAAUGUAAAUCUUGUGUGGUCAUAAAAAAAUUGUAAGAAUUGUUUGGCUUUUAAAAUAAAAGUGAAACUUUUA